AUGGGCCGCUCACGAAAUUUGGAUGAUGUCGAGGCUAAUCACGACGAAGAGGAGGAGCUUUGCACAUGGCGUGACUGGGCAGUCGUGUUAUCAUGGAGUCUGCUGGGUUAUUUGUGCGUUAUAUUGACAGUGAUUGGUUAUUAUAACCCAUCUCUAUUACCAUUUGACCCGACAUCUUUGCUUUUCAACAAGGAUAUUUCGCCGUUCUAUGCAUUCUCGCAUGGUUCGGAACGUUUCCCGAAGCCACACGGGUUCAAGAUAGUUGCUCUGGUUCCAUUCAACUACCAUGAGCGCACUGCUAUUCUGGACUGUUACCUACAGCAAAACUUGGUCCACAAUCAUGGCUUCCUCGAUCAAGUUGUUUUCAUCCCCCAGACGCAAGACGCCGUCAGCCUACAAUGGCUCAAAUCUUUAGUACAACAAACCCCCGAAUACGCCAUCUCUCUAUCCGGUCACGAUAUGGACUGGAAGUUUACCCACGACGACGUCAUGUACAUCCGUAUUGACGGGGAUGUCGUCUUCAUGGAAGACCACACUAUCCCAACGAUCGUCAAAACAAAAUUGGACAACCCUGGAGCGAUGAUGGUAUCUGCAAAUGUCGUCAACGAAGGCGCACUCUCUUCUCUCCACAGCCAUCCAGGUGUUGCGCUACCAUAUCUACCCGAAAUCCACCACGUUGAGCAGCCUUCUCGGUCAAAGUCCCAACUCCGCAGUGACUGGAGGGCAUCGAGUCUUCCACGAUGGGAAGGACCCGCCAGCUUCAGAGUUCAAAAGGGCUUUCAACCACCUUUCCAAGGCCAUCGUUGGCUAUUACCAGCCGGUGCAGGCGCAGACCGAGACCCCAUUGCGUCUUCCGUGUACACGGAAACCGGUCCGACUCUGCAGGAUUGGACGGUUAGUGCACAGCAGCACUACUCGUUCCUUGAUCACCUUGAGUCGAAUACUUUGAGUCGAUACAAAUUCCCCAUGUGGGUGAACCCGACUGAGCCUGCCAGUAGCAGUUUCGGUUGUUUCUGGGGCAAGGAUGCUGAGGCAUUGGGGGAGAUCUUCGGUCAUAAAAUCAGUGAAGAACUAUCCAAGUCGUGGAUUGCGGCAGAUGGAUCUCGUCCUAACGUUACGAUUGACGGGAAGGGCCUGGUAUCGCAUUACUCGGCUAAACUGGGUGCUGAUGGCUUGGAUGCGACGGAUCUUUUGGAGCGGUAUCGUGCCUAUGCUCAAGAAAAGGUUUGCCGACAGACUAUGUAA